AUGGCUGAAGAGAGUAGGCUGGUGUAUAAAUCUGACGGCGGCCGCAAUGUGGCAGACAUCUGGAAUGAUGCAAUUCGCCAGUACCAAGGCAUCGGAGGCAAAGAUCUCAAGGCCGGCUAUGCUCGAUUCAAAAGCGUCGAUGCCAUGAUCGACUUUGGCUGUAAGGAGAUGGAGGCCUUCCACGGAUUUCGCUACGAUGGUUCCAAAGUGUCCAAGCUGCGAGGUCUGUUCAGAGACAGCAUGGGCCUCAUCGAAGGCGGUAUGCAGCAGGUUGUCGCUGCAGCCACCCCAGCUUUCCCCCCAGCUGCUGCAGUUGGUACUGCCCUGACCAUUAUGUUGAGUGCCUGCAAAGAUGUCGGCGCAGACUAUGACGUUGUCACGACUUUUUUCGUUGACUUCACCAUGUUUUUGAAGCGGAUGAAGAUUCUUGAGAACCGACUUCCUGAACAAGGAGCAUUUCAUGACUGCGUUUUCGAUGUGUUUGCAUCCCUGUUGAGGAUGUGUGGAAUAGCAACGAGGUACAUCCAGCUCAAACGCUUCAAAAAAUGGGUGUCAAACCUAUUCAAAGGAGGCGACCCGGAGCUAGAAAAUGCGAGAAGCAACAUGGACAAGACAAUGAGCAAUCUGCAUGACGCAACAGAGAAGGCGAUCCUUGGCAACACUGUGGAUCUUCAGAGGUCCAGCGGAGAGACACAUGUGCUUUUGCAACAGAUGGAACAGGAGUUGCAGCAAAAUUCAGAUGCUUCAAGAAAGAUGAUGGAGGAGCAGCGCUCAAUGAUGCAGGAGAUCGCUGAGAAGCAAAACUCCAUCUACCACGACGUCAAGCAGCUCCUCCAGUUUGAGAUGGACCGCCGUCGGAACGAGCCCCUUCCAAAGCAGAGUGGUGCUAAAGCGUCUGGAGUUGGUAAUAAACCACCCACAUCCAAUAGCGUGCGCAACCUUCUUGGAUGUAGCACAGAUCCCGACAAGGAGUACCAAUCCCUGCGUCGCUCUCUGAUACCGGAAACCGGAACAUGGAUAUUCGAAGAGCCAGAAUGGAAAUCUUGGGUUGAGCCGGGUGAGGGAGGUGAUGUCUCGCCCAUUCUCGCCGUGGCAGGGCCCCGUGGGACCGGCAAGAGCCACCUAGCCGCCUCCAUCUACGACCGACUGAAGCGAGAUGCCGGCGAAAAUACGUGUGUUGCCCACUUUUACUUCAGAGAAGACACAACUGACUUGGAAUACUUCUACAACGCAAUCAACUGGGCUGUCGUUCAGGUUGCUGAGCAAAACGCUACUCUCUGCGACAGAAUCAACAAGGAGACGACCAGGGAGGAUCUGGAAUGGGACUCUGACGACUGGGAAGAUGUCUGGGAGCAUUUUCUCAAGCCAUUGUUCCUCAAAAACUCAAAAUACCAGCUGAGGAUCGUGCUUGAUGGGAUCGACGAGUUGCCAGAGCUUGUUCAUCGAGGAGAACUUUUGGAGUUUCUGAAGAAGGUCAGUGAGGUGAACAUUAACAACGAGGCAAACAUCAGGAUUGUCUGCACUCUCAGAGAUGUCAGAAGCGACAAGGAUGACCUUUUGAGGCAACUUGAGAACAUCGGAAUCACAUCUAUUAGUGUAACGAAGGAGAAGCAAGGACCGGAUACCAAAGCGCUGAUCUGGGCCCACCUCAACAGCGACAGCGGGUUGAAGAGAUUUGACCAGUACAUCAAGCAACGGAUUGCGAAGAGGAUCGAGGAGGCUGCUGACUGUAUGCUUUACAUUGAGCACAUGCUGCGCCAUUUCAGCAUGAUCGGGCGUGAACCUCUGGUCCUCAAGCAGCUGGAGCAGUCUAUGCCAGCAAGUCUAGAAGACUGCUAUGAUCGCAUCUUGCAUGGGCUGGAGCAGAGGACAGUCAGUUCGCAGCGGGAAGACUUGAAGUCAUUACUGGCCUGGUUGUCCUUUUCGUUCAGACCCCUGUCGCUGGCCGACUCGCUCCAGCUUCUGAAGACUGUUUACAAGUCCUCUCUUGAUUUAGAAUCCGAGCUUCAGGGAAACCAGCUUGCUAGAGUGCUGAAGAUCGCCGACCGCGACGAGCAUCGAUCAUCGGACAACGACGCAGGAGAAAAGGAAUUCAACACCGAUGAGAACCCGGACGCGAAAUAUAAUGACCGCGAUCUACCGCUUAAGUUUCAAGGCCGAUCUAUGCGCGACUAUUUCCAGCAAGCAAAGGACAUCACUGAGGGUCUUAGGACACCCGAGACUAUAGCCCAUAGAAAGUUAUUCCUCGUUUGCUGCGACAUCAUUUGCGGCAAGAUCGAAGUGGAAGACGAAGGUCUGCGAAACUACGCAGCCCACACAUGGGGCUACCAUUUGAGCUGGACCGGACUCACACCCGAAACAAAUGGCGACAGCAUUGCAUGCCUUGAGGGCCUCGGGAAAAUAAUGACAAACGCCAACGGGGCUGCGUCUUUCAUGCAACACCAUGGAGUCGACUACGAGGAGUUUCACUCAGACUUUGCGGACGAUUUUCCCAUCAAGGACUUUGAGGGAGACCUACUCAUAUCGCAUAUAGCACACUUCGCUAGUUUGAUCUCGAAUUCAGACAGCGAUCUACUUAGCCCGGGUACCAGAGCUUGGGCAAAAGACACGAUCGAGGACAAAGGGAAUGCAUUUGUCUCUCUGUCAAAGGCCCACAUCGCCGAAUGGCUACAAGCAGCGGACACUGAAGCCGCUAUGACUGCAUACAAAUUUGCAAGGUCAUGUAUUGCAAUGACUGGCCAGAACCACCUAUAUAAGAAGGUCACUGCCAAUGAUGAAGAUGCCACUUAUGACAGAGAAGAGACGCUCGGGUUGCCGGGGGCGUUUGGCAAUACAACCCAGACCUUGAAUGCGGCAUGGGCUACAGCCGCGAUUCUCGAGCACGCGGGGCACAAUGAGGAUGCCCUGAGUGUCAUAUCAAGCCUGGUGGGUGACUUGAAUGACGACACGGAUCAUUCAGACAGAUUCAAAGCGCUGCAUCUCCUUGCUCAAAUACAGAGCAGCCUGAAAGAUUAUGCAGCCGCACAUGACUCUAUCACGAGGGCCCUGUCCCUUCAAGAAAGGAUAUCACCAAAUCACCUACGACGCGCUCAUAUCACUCAAGCCAGGAUAUAUACUAAUCUGGAAAGGACUGAUGAUGCAGUCAAGUCGUACGAAGCAGCCAGGCAGUCCGUGCCGAAUGAUCCUUUAAAAGGGGAAACUCUGCGCUACGAAUUCGACGCCUGGAACGACAAGGGCAAAGCCUUGGACCUCGUAAGGCACAAAUGGUCACAUCAGGAGAGGCUAGGAUGGGUGACCUGGAACUACAGCACAGACGAUUCACAUCUCCAUGACCUGGUACUCGCAUGCAUUGACGCGAAGGAGCCGCAAUUCCUGGUCGAGGUCUACCAAGAAACCAUUGCCAUCCUCGACCACUUCGGCGCUGGGGCCGUGCUGAGGAUCAACCUCGCGCAAUGGUAUUCCAUGAACCAAGACCUUGCCUCUAUGAAAAGAGAGUUAUACGCCAUACUUGACAGCACCCUCAGCAGCGAGAACAGCGAGUACUACCGCUUCACGAACGAGCAUCCGGAUUACGUGUUGUGGCGCGACACCUCCAUGCUCAUUGAUGGCAUCUACUCACAGUUCCGCGCCACCGCCGACAGGACCGCCAAGGCUCAACUGUUCGCCGAAGGAAAGGCAAUAAUGAGCCGGCCUCUCGCCCGCGAGGUCACGCUGCAGAAAUCGUGCCAGGUCCACCAGAAGUUGACCCUCGCGAGGAUGGCACUUAAGAUGGGCCCUCUACACGAGUUCGAGGACUUCCUAAAACAGGCAUUCGAGUUCACCAUCGACGCACUGGUGGACGAUGUGUCGUGGAACGACCGGAACAACCUAGAAUCGUUGUGCAAGAUAUUAUCCUGCCUCGAAGGGCUCGAAUGGGAUGCACAGAUUGCACUGUCGGCGUGGUUCUCUAAGCUCGACCCUGGGGACCAGAGUUCCUCCCAGGCCAAUGACGCAGACGAGGACAGCGACCCAGACAAGGACAACGAUCCAGACGAAGACAACGACCCUCAGUCGGAGAACUGGGACCCUUUGCCCGAUGACGAGGGGGACCUGACAGGAUACGUCAUGUCCUGCUUGUCCCCGCGUUGUGAGGCUUCGUGGCGGGCCUGGAAGGGAAGGAAGAUCUACAACUGUCUCUAUUGCUGGGACAUGAUACUCUGCGAGGACUGCUACAAGAAAAGGGUGAGUUACGACGAGGGCACCCCGAUCCCCCCUGGUGAAAGUUUCUGUGGGAAGAACCACAAAUUCUUGGGCCCAGUGGAUGGUUGGAAGGGGAUCACCAACGGGAUUGUGACUAUCGAGGGCCGAGAGCCAUUUGCGUUCAAAGACUGGCUGUUAGAACUGAAGGAGAAGAAGUGGCCACGUGCUUGGGAAAACUUUUGGAUCAACUGA